UAACAAUAGAAAUCAUGAUUUUUUUUUCAAAGCACUUUGAAGCCAGUAUUAAGAAGAUCUGUAAAGUUGCUGUUUAAGUGGAUGUUCUGACAAAUUCAUCCAUAUUGCAACUUAGGUGAAGGGAAAAAGAACUUUUCAUUUAUUGCUCCUUGCAGACCACAUGGAUGUAAUCACAUUAAAAUGAAGGGAAAUGCUAAAAGGUAUGACAUUUGUGUGAGUGCAUGUUAUGCUUAGUUUGAUCAAUAUAUCAAGCGUUUGUCAGUUUCUAUUAUUUCCUUGAAUUUAUGCAGGUGGUAAUGUUUGAACAAAGAUAUGCUACAGCAAAGCACGUAUUAGUAAAUACAGAACAAUAAAUGUAAGACCAAAAUAAUCGUUCUCCAGCCGUAUGGACAGAAAUCUAAAUAGAACUUGUUUACUUGGGAAAGAAUGCCAGCAACUUGUUUAUCUGACUUUGAAGUACUUGAGUGAAAAAUGAUGCCAGCUGGAGUUGUUAUGUAAACAAAACUUUCAACAGAUUUCUCAGUAUUUUGGUCUCAGAAGAACAGGCUUUAGAUCGUUAGCAGUGGGAAUACUCAUGCUGUACAUUUUCUCGUUCUGGCAUAUGGUGAUGCUAUCAGUAAAUUUACAGAAAUUAGGUGUUCCUGGAGAAAUGAGUAGAAUCCAUUGACUUCCAUGCUGUUUUCAAAGCGUUCUAAACCAGGUCAGACCGGCUGCUGCUUUAAAUGUGUCUCAGUUCUAGCACAAAGUAGUAGUUCUCUAAGUCUGAAAUGAGCUCUUGUAGGUGAUAAUAUGCAAUUCAUCCAUCACUCUAGUUAGCUGCCAAGUAACAGUUCAGUAGCUUUCUUUAUUCUUCUCUGCUUGAUGACAUGUCUCUAAAUAAGAACCUGUUGUAUAUGGAAGUGUUUGUGAAAAGCAGAGGAGAUUUGCAAUGUUCAAGUAGAUGUAUUUAAUACCCAAAUUAGUAGCUGAAAUUUCAUUAACCACUUAAAGUUUUUAGUUGAUUAUAUGUGGACUUGAAUGAAAACUGUAUUUCUCUGCAAUAGAGCUCAAUAGAGAAGUACUUAGCCUCUCUAGAAGUCUAGGAGAAUACAAAAAUGAGGAGCAUUAGAAGAUAAUUUUAAUUUAGCUGUUCCAACAGACAGCGCCACUUUGACUCAGCUGUUUUGCCAGGCAAACACCACUAGGCUCAGCUUUUGAAAUAUGCAGCCUGAAAAGAUGUAAGGCUCGUGCUUUUUCAGUAGAGAUGUUUCUGGAAUGAAAAAUACUGAAGUUCUCCUACAUAUAGUUGAUGUGUAUGAGUGUGGGUAGGUCUGCAAUUGCCAUCUCAUCUGUAGUGCUUGGCUUGGAGCCUUCUGUAGCAUGGAUUAUUCAACCGGCCACACAGUGCAACACGCUUGAUUUUUUUUUCAAAUAUUGAGAUCGGUAACUUUGCCAGACUGUUUAGUUCCACCCCACAGCCAAAUGGUAGAUAAAUACCAACAAGCAUCUGUAGAUGGUUACUAAGGAAACAUGCAUAUCAACAUGCAAAUAUUAAAGAUGCCUUUCAUGAGCAUAAUCAUUUGUUGGAAUCACAGUUGCAAACACUGACAAUUAUUUUAGCAUGUUUAAAUCUCUGUAUAUUGAUAAAGACUAUAUAAUUUGAAGGAAACAAAUGAGGUGGCUGAGAGCAAAGGUAAUAUAAGUGGUCUGCUAGCUGGAAUACACAGUCAGUACCUCAUGUCAUUUAUCACUGUUUCUGACUGAGGGCGAACUAUUUAGUAGCACUGUAACAUUCACUUGGUUGGGACUGACUCUCUCUGAAAUUCUGAUUAUAGAAGCAACAGAUGGAAUUACCACAUCUAGAUCUUUUAGAAAUGCUGAGGGAUACAGUUCAUAUUCUGUUCCAUUUAACGGGGUUAGUGAAUGUUUACAAUACUAAUUAUAUAUAUAUAUAUAUAUACAUAUUCAAACCUACAGUGUAAUUGAAAAUACAGGCUUGAUUGUUGCUUUCAGUUUAAGCCAAUGGAACUGUGGAUGCUUAUAAAGGAAAUCUAGUCAAGUCAAAUCUAGCCCAUCAUCAAGUGCUCUGUUGUGCUGCUGUUACCAGUCCAGGCUGGCCAUUGCAGCAGCCUGAUAACUUUAUUUCCCUUUCCUUUUCUUCCUUAAAAAAUAUUUUAACCACUGAGAUAACUGUAGUUAGUAACAAAUCAAACAAACUGAUAAAUUUAUAUAGUGUAAAUAAGUUUUUUUAAAAACAAGAUUAAGUUAUUGAGAACUUGGAACACAAAAUUCUACCAUAUGUACUUGUAUAAGAAGUACAACACACUACCAAGAUAUGUUGGUUGGCUGAUAGCAACUCAAGUGUGCAAAGUUUGCACUGGACUAGUUAAAAUUAUCUAUAUAGAAAUACAUGAAAAAAAAAACUCCAUUUCAUUCUUUUAUGGGCACGACCUUGAAAAGUAAAAGAUCAGAGCUGAAUUUAUUCCACAGAUUUCCCAGACAAGGAAUUUGCUAUCAAACAUUAAUUAAUUCUGUUAACUUAAGAAAUCAAUUUCACAUAAAUAAGUUUCAGAACAAGGAAUCAGUAAGGUGUAAAAGUGUGUGAUUGCAAUAAUAACAUGUUUGGGGUCAUGAGUGACAUACUCAAGGACUAUUAAAUGUUGGUCUGUGAACCCAUAAACAUUUCUGAUUAUGUUUAUCUCAGAACAGGAGAGGCUUUUGGCAAAAAUAUUUUUGUGGACUAAGUCUUCCAUAAUGGUCUUAGCUUGGGAGUAUUGUGCUUAUGUAAGUAUGCAGGUAAUGUAAGAUAAUGCAAACCAAGAAGGAAUCUAGUUAACUCUAUGUGCUUUUUCAGUAAAUUUCAAAGCACUGGGGAAGAUGGAGGGAGGCAUAACAAAUUGCAGACAGCUUGUACAAUCGUAUUUUCACGCAAUAAAGAUCAAAAAGUAAGUACUGACAAUGGUCUUGUUAUUCAGAAAUACGUGUGCCCAUAACUGUUCGAGGCAAUGGAACACACACAUGUAAUGUAAAAGUGUAACUUUUCAAGGAGAGUCUUCAUACGCUUACAGUGAAGUACACAUUCCUGUCCUUCAGAGGCUGUUAUAACAUUUUGUUCAUCAACAUGACAGAUUCAUUUUCAGGUGCAUCUCCAAACUGUUAUUCCUUUAAAGCAGAUGUGGAGUGAAAGAAAUCAAUGGUAAAUGGUCAGCUGGUGAUUUACAGUCAAGGUACAGCUCCUGAGCAGCCACCUGCGGCUCCUGUGCUGGAACUGCCCUGAGGGACUGGCUGUGCUAAUGGAAAGGCAGCUGUGGGAGAGCUUGAGCUCCAGUGGAAACAGGUCACUAUGAUACACAGCAACAUACACAUGCCAAAUUAAGUAGUAGGAGUCCCCUGUCUAUGACCUAGUCUCCAAACUAUGCCAUACACAUCUUCUGGCUCUUGGCUGCAAACUGUUGCCUUGACCUGUGGAAAGUUGCUAUGCUUCAGACUGUUUAUACACUCAUUCUUGACUGCACUUCAUAUUUUCAAGGUUUUUUUUUUUAAAAGCUGGAUGAGAACAGUGUUUGUUCCUCAGCAAGGAUUAUUUCUGUGUCAGGUAAGUGAAUUCAGUAAAGCUUGCCAGAUUAGCUGAAAUAAAGUUUCUUAAAAAGAGAAACAAGAACUCUGUAGUUGAAAAAUUGGUAAAUACAAGAAACCAAGAAGAUGAGGAAGCUGCAAUGUAUGGGACUGAUAGAGUGGGUAUAAUAUCAUAUUAAGACAGGGAGCAGUGAUGGAGUAGAUAUGCAAGAUCCCUGCACACUGUCGUCUACCUAAGUAUUAAAUCUACUUCACUGGCCUUGGCUGGUGGUGCAAUCAGUUCUUCUUGUGUGUGGUAGGACGGUUGGGUAGGCAAGGGUGAUUUCCAGAAUGUUUAAUUCCUCCUACCGCUUCACCUGCAUUUUAAGAUGUUUGCCUGGACUGUUACUCAAGAGUGGUGGUAAAAGGCCAGUUUCAAACAGGGUACCUUAUAAUGAGUUUAGUAUUGCAACCAUUUACUGUUACAUACUAAUUUGCACUUGAGAACAUCAAGGUACUUAGCGGUCAUUAAAUCUUUACUAUCCACUAAGCAUAACAGCAUUCUGCCUGUUUGUGCCAGGCAGAAGAGCUACGCUGAUGUGAGGGCUCCAGAUGGGCUUGGGAUGCACCUCACUCGCUGAGGCCAUCAUGCCGGCACAAGUGCGUUGUGUAGGGAUGGCAGGGCCCAGUGGGUCCCUGAGCCAGGGAGACCCCAGGGGAGGCAGAGCCCCACUGGGAGCUGGCAGCACUCCAGGAUGUGAACAGGACCAUUGUCCACAUGGACAGAGGCAGCCCGGGGAGUGCUGGGCCAGAGUGGCUAGUCAGGGCAUGGGUGUGAGGACACCACUGAGAGAGGCUGGUGCUGAUCUCUGGUAACAGAGACAGGACUUGAGGCAAUGGCACGGAGCUGUGUCAGGGGAGAGGCAGGUGGGAGUUAGGGAAAGGUUCUGCACCAGAGGGUGGUGGGGAUGGAACAGGCUGCCCAGGGCAGUGGGCACGGCCCCAAGCUGCUGGAGUUCAAGGGGCUUUUGGACAACGCUCUCAGACAUAGGGUUUGAUUUUGGCUGGUGCUGUGUGGAGUCAAGGAGUCAGACUCUAUUCUUGUGGGUCCCUUCAAACUCAGGACAAUCUACGGUUCUGCGAUUCUGUGAUUCCCUGGUGCAGAAGUUCCACAAGAAAUACAUAAGGCUGGCCUAGAGCGUCCCUCCAAGAGCUACGUGAGUCACUUUGCUUGAAGCAGGAACUGAGCUGUGUCUGGGUUUAUCCGCAACAUUUGUUGAUAUCUGGGCAUUGGUGAAACUGAUACAGCAUACUGAAAGGGCCCUCUGGUGAAAUAUACUGGGACUUUCUAGAGCUCCUCAAACAUUUCAGGCUGGGGAGGAUGCAAAGAUGACUUGUUGGUUUUAGUGGAUUUUGAAAAACAAACCCACUAGAGCAGUUAUUCCUGUAUGUAUUACUGUAUUGUUACUGCAUAUUUAUGCUGCUCAGUUACUGUUAAAAAUAAGAAAUUAUUAUUUUUUUUAAGUUAAGGGAAUAUGCUACACAAAACUGCAAAAAUGAUAAAAAUCUCCUGCAGUGUCCCAUCUGUCAUUUCAAUAUUAUUUUCCAACACAAUUCCUAAAAUGGUUAGUCACGUUGCAACUUCCUAGCUCAGUCUGCAUAAAAGGCUGCUAUUAGUACUAGGCAGCUAAACCAGUAAAUGGAGUUAUCACUCCUAUGAAGCAGCAGCUAAAAUGAAAAAGUUGGAAUAGCAGUGUUUAUCUGCUAAUAGGAUCUUAAAGUAUUCAAAACUCUUUCGGUCUUCAGAUUUUACCACAUAAUAUACAUGGAUUUCUUUUUACAGUGUGCUGCCUUUUCUAUAAUUAGGGUAAACAUUUAGAAAUCGCAGUAACUCUUUCUCAAUAUCUUUACAAGAAAGAAAAUGACCAAAAAAGGGAGUAAAGUCUAGUCUAGGAAGGAGCACAGCUAAUCCAAACAUCAGCCAAAACGUGCAAUUGGGGAAAAAAGAAAAACACAUCUAAAUGUCAUCCCUUCUCCAACCAGAUCCUUUCGAUAUCUGUGUUUUGGUUUUGUUUUUCAAGCUCUGCCUUCGCUACAGAUUUCCCUACUUGGAAAUAUUAUUGUUUGAGAUCACUGUUCAGCAACAGCAGAUAAAGCUGUGCCAAGCAGCAAACAGGCACACGGUGUAAAAGUUUACAAUCACUAAGGAACAUGCAUGCUACAGACAGAGGCUGCCUUACCACGGAAGUAUUAAGUUCAUCUGCCAAUUCAGUAGUGUCUAUUGCUGUGUUCUAUUUCUAUAUUUAGCAGACACUUUUCAAAUAAGAAAACUGUGGUGAAGAAAAUAUUCAACUUAGAAGGCUGAAUUGUGGACUGCCAAACUUCUUGGUUAGUGUCUUUAUCAUAAUUUCAGCCAGCAGUUCUUUCUCUGUAAGUAAGGAACUAACUUUCCAAGUUUUGUGAAUGUAACAAAAGUUUCAAAGCUAAGUUAAUGAAAGUAUGGGGAAAAAUUAAUGUCAGGAAGAGACAGUAUAAGAAACCAUAGGGAUUUCUGUAGCAUAAGGAAAACACAAACAUCACUGCAUUGCCAUUUAUUGUUAGAUUUGAGGAAGGCCUAGGCACACACUCAUAGAUGCUGCAGCUCUGAGUAUGAUGCUACAGCCUACAGAGCUGUCAAGGACACAAAGGCGUAGUAUCUAUUACCAGAAUCAGACGGGCCACAGUGCUCAGCUGGUAGUUUGUUCCCACGUGAAUGAAAGCUUAACAAUGGCUUCUGGACAACUAAAAGCAAUUUGAUUACUAGGGUUUUGGCAUCUUUAUGCCAAAGCUUUUUGAUGGGACCUGUAAGGAAUGCCAAGUUGGAACAGAGACUUAACGUAGCAAAACCAGGAAAUGGUCCUGUUUACAUUUGUGGCUGCUGAAGACGACUGGCUUACAGGAAAGACAUUCAGGUUUGAGAAUAGGGUUGAGGUCUGCAGGGAAAGAGUGCUGGUCAUGAGGUAUGAGGAUAAGGCAUUAUGGCAAGGAAACUGGCUUAUCAUUAAUUCCCUAGGAGGCUUAGGGUCAUGCUUAAAACCAAAUUUAGGCUGACAGCAAUGGCCCAAAAGUGAAAGUACUUCUUCAAUUCCUGCAAUAUCCAACUAUAAUAGCACAUGUAAGCUCUCUAUUGCCUCUUCAGCCUUUGACUCUUUGAUAAAACACCAGUUUAGUGAUGAGAAAUCCAUAGACCAUGCAAAUCCGGUAGUGAACCAUUUACUGCUGAGCUUGAAGCCAAACCUUAUGGUACUUACAGCUCACCAGUCUUAGAUCUAAUGAUGACCCAUAUCAUACUGUCUACAAACCUCACCCUGUCUACACCUCACAGUUUGGUAGUAUUCAUCAAUAAAAACUGUAUUUUCUAUCUCUGCUGUCCCUAGCCCAUAGAACUCCAGAGUCCCAGCCAAUCUUCACUUCUAGCUCUUAUCUGAGUCUUGCAAGAACCAGAAAUACAUCAUUUUUCAGCCUUUCUUAUCUCUCAGUGUUAGCACUAUAUAUUAUAGUAUUAUAAUCACAGUCAGAAAACCUAUAGCCACCUGAGAAACAAUCCAGUUCAUUGAAAAUCCAAGACCUUCAGUCUUCACUUACUACUUUGCCAAAACUGCCCAUCAUUUUUUAGGUACAGUCUGGAGACCCGCAACUAAUAAAAAGUUAUCUACCUCCCCCAGCCCCAAUGCUUAUCUUAAUUGAGUGGGUUUUUGACAAAAGUGCAGGAACUCAAGCAUGUCUCUCCCUGACACCUUUAACCUUAAUCCAGCACCCAAUGUUGGUGAGCACAAAAUGGUUUACGGUAGAAUCUGGAGAGGAAAUGGACUGAAUUAUUUUUACAGCUAGUAUUUUGCACAAGGCUAAAAAAAAUGUUUUUUAUUGCUUCACCUGCAGGUCUAAGAUGAGGGUUUGGUACAUAAAGGCACAAAGAAGUUAAGCUUUUUUAAAUGUACAUACAUGUUGCUUGUCUUUUUACAUUAAGGUUUAGACAACAGCCAGGAAUUAAAUUAUCAGAGGCAUUGCUGAAUCCUGCAGCUUCUUAGCUUGAAUGGUGCCUGGAAUGAAUGGCCACAUAUCACAGAAUUAUUACGGUUGGAAAAGACCUGUAAAUCAUUCAGUCCAAACAUCAACCCACUACCACCAUACCACUAACCCAUGUCCUUCACUGACACAUCCACCCUUUUCUUAAACACCUCCAGGGAUUUUGACUCCACCACCUCUUUGGGGUUUUAUGUAGAUGCAAGAUGCUUUUGGGGCUACUGUCACACUUGAUCUUUGGGGUAGAAAAUCUAAGCUUAUCACUGUGCUCUGUAUUGACCAUAAUACUAAAAUGAAGGUGUAUGUUACAAGGGUAGAUAUUUGAAAGACAAUUAUGAGAUAGGUUAUGGGUAACUUGACUGCAAGGGUGAGCAAAAGCAAGGAUUAAAAACUGUGGCUUUGUUCCACAAAAGCAACAGGCAUAGGGAGAGGGCUGGUGCUAACAGAAAUGCAUGGAGGGCUGCCAGAAUCCCCUUCACUUUGGUUAUGUCUGGAACAGUGGUGGCAUAUCACUUACAAAAGUUGAAUCAGGAUCAGUGAAAAUGAGCUCAAGCAUUCUUAAAAAUAAAUUUGGCAGUACAUACUCUUCAGCGUGUCAUCACCACUGAACACAGGAAACAAGCAGCCACCUUUUGAGGCAGGAUUUCUUUUGACUCACUGAAAGGCCUUCAUCCUGUUCCCAGAACUUGACCUAAAUAAAGUUACUACUUCUCUGUUUCUGUCUUUAAACGCUUCUGAAAUGGGUGUAUUCAGACAAGGACUGUGCUAUAAAUGGUUGGAUUGCAUCCUUUUCCUCAGUCUUUACAAGCCCUGAAUACUGCUAGAUGUGGGAGUUGCCAAAUUACAGCCAGAAGGGCAAGCCAGAAUGCAGGCAAUUGGGAGCUGCAGAAUUUUCAAAGAGCUGUCGACCACCUGCUGCCCCUGCCAGUCCCUCGCACUUCUGGUCUCACCAUGGCUGGUGGCUGCCUGCCUGCCAAGAAGGUAUAACUAACUAUCCCGAGCACUUGGCAUGUUAUUUGGGACCAAACCUUGAGAAUGAUUGUAAUGCUGCAGGUAUAGCAGUGAUUUAAUGAGGUGUUUGCUGCACUGAAUUAAGUCUCUCCGGAGUAAUUGCAGCAGCUUCAUUUAACAAAGCAGUAAUACUUACUAAAGUCAAUAUACACGACGUGCAACCUUUUGCAACCUCAGAUCAUUAUUUAUCUGCUAAUAGUCAUAGAUCCACUGAAUAUCCCGAGUUGGAAGGGACCCACACAGAUCACCAAGUCCAGCCCCUGGUUCCAAACAGCACCACUCAAAAUCAAACCCUAAGAGAGCAUUGUCCAAAUGCUGCUUGAACUCCGGCACUUUGGGCCGUGCUCACUGCCCUGAGUAGCCUGUUCCAUGCCCACCGCCCUCUGGUGCAGAACCUUACCCUAACCCCCAACCUCAGGCUCCCCGACACAGCUCCAUGCCACUCCCUCGGGGAGAUGUGAUCGGAUGGGGUAGGGUAGGGCAGAGCAGCUCAGCUGGAAGGGACUUUCUGCCUGACCACUUCAGGACUUACCAAAAGUUAAAGCCGACUAAUGAGGUAAUCAUCCUACCGUCUCUCGAACACUGACCAACCACCUCGCUAGGACCCUGUUCGAGUGCUUGGCCACGUUACACCCGAGCGCGGUAAGGCAGACAAGCCCUUAACGCGCGGGCAGCACGCACACCACCCCGCCAAGGCCCAGCCGGCGCGCCCCGCCCGCCACGGUCACCCCCGCCGGAAGUGAGGGUGCGGGGCGGCCCCUGGCGGCGGCACGGCCUCGGUCCCCCCACGGUCCGCUAUGCUGUUCCGCUUCGGCGUGGUGCUGCCGGCCCGCAUGGCGGAGGGCGGCGGCGCGCUGCUGGUGGCCGGCUCGCGGCCGGAGCUGGGCGAGUGGGACCCGCAGCGCGCCGUGCCCAUGCAACCGGCCCGGCCGGCCGCGGCCCUAGCAGCCCAGGAGCCGGUGCUGUGGCUGGGGGAGGUGCUGCUGCCGGACGAGGACACCGCCAGCCCCUUCUGGUUCAAGUUCCUGCGACGGGAGGGCGGCCACCUGCUCUGGGAAGGUAAUGGGCCCCAUCAUGAUCGAAGUUGUGUUUACAACCAGAACAACAUAGUCGAUGGAGUUUACUGCCUCCCGAUAGCACACUGGAUUGAAGUCUCUGGACACACUGAUGAGAUGAAACAUACAACUGACUUCUAUUUUAAUAUUGCAGGACAUCAAGCUAUCCAUUACUCAAGAAUUUUGCCAAACAUCUGGCUGGGAAGUUGCCCUCGGCAGCUGGAGCAUGUGACGGUCAAGCUAAAGCACGAGCUGGGUGUCACAGCAGUGAUGAACUUCCAGACCGAGUGGGACAUUGUUCAGAACUCCUGGGGCUGCAAUCGCUACCCAGAACCUAUGAGCCCUGAAGUCCUCAUGAAACUGUACAAAGAGGAAGGUCUUGCCUAUGUCUGGAUGCCAACCCCAGACAUGAGCACUGAAGGAAGAAUACAGAUGUUGCCGCAGGCUGUCUGCCUCCUGCAUGGGCUGCUGCAGAAUGGACACACUGUCUACGUUCAUUGCAAUGCUGGCGUUGGCAGGUCUACAGCUGCUGUCAGCGGCUGGCUGAAGUAUGUGAUGGGAUGGAGCCUGCGGAAGGUACAGUACUUCUUGGCUUCCAGGAGACCGGCAGUCUACAUAGAUGAGGAAGCUCUGAUUCGUGCUGAAGAUGAUUUCUUCCAAAAAUUUGGACCUCUUCGUUCCUCAUGUAAAGUGGAAGGGUAGAAAAGCAGAAGAGGAAGCAGACAGGUGAAGAGCAAUCCUUACAUGUGAAUCCCAACAACUUAGAAAUCAUGAAUCAGACUUCUGCCUCUCCUGAUCAGAUUGUACACUUGUCUUAACAGUCCUGAGAAUUUUGUUAAGAAGUGCCUUUGAGUGUUUUUCAUUUGCGUUCUUUAAGCUGAUAUGAUUCAUGUUUUUCAGCCUUUUGCUACAAGUACAAGACCCAAGGUCUGCAAAAGGAGACUAAGAUUCUAUUUUAACUAUUUGCCUACAGGAACUGAUGGUUACGGUAGACGUAAUAAGACAAGACUUGAAAUAAAAUAAUUACUGUUGGCAGUAUUUCAGUAACAAGAAGGGAAAGACAUUCUCAGAAAAACAGGUGUAAGGUUGACUGAGUUAAGGUUCAGAUUUGGAUGGAGCUGAGGAUAGUCAAAGCUGCUCAGUUGUUUUAGAGUGUACCUUAUUGAAAUGUUUUCUAGUAAUUUUGUAGAAAAAUGGUUUUGAUGAGAAAGACCAGAAACUGAUUUUUCAUCUGAGUUUCUUAAGCAAAAAUGCAGUGAACUCAAUUUUGAUUUUUUUUUUUUUUUUGCCUAUGCAGUUAAUGUUAAAUAUUUUGAGAGCUCCCAGCCCUGCUUGGGUAAAACCAGUUUGCUGUAGGAUAGGUCCAAGAUUGACCAAGGGAGGAAAAACAUUCUCCAGGGAGCAGAGGAUUAAGGAUACAUAAACAUUAAGAAACUAAUUUCUAUAGAUUUAUUCUUCGGUGAAAACUUUUUUCUUUUUCAACCAACUGACUUGUCCCUCUAAAGAUCCGAGCAGUGCCAGAGUAAUACAACUGAUAAAUUUAGUUUAUCUGAAUAUUUAAUAUGGAAAGGGGUGUGAACUAUUCGUGGAGAAAGUCCAGCAUAAUGUAAUAUGAUGUUUUAUUUAUUUCUACUUUAAUUAUCUUCAAAAGAAAAAUGGCAAUUUCAGUUAUUCUAAAUGUGAGGUUUUGAUCAUGACUUCAUUUCUGGUUUGUUUCUUUGUUUUUGCUUUGAAGUAACACUGCCUGUUUGGAUAUGAACUGUUAAUGGAGAAUGCCCAGUAUAAUACAAUAUGUUUUAUUUAUCCUAUAUUUCAGUAUUCUUCAAAAGGUGAAAAAAAAUAUUUAAGUUAAUUAUAUAUGUGUGGUUUUGAUCCUGAUUUUUUUUUUUUACAUUUUUUGUUUGCUUGUUUGGUUUUGGGUUUGCUUUGCAAUAACAGUGCCUGUUUAGAAAGUGGAUGAGAGAAGUCCACUAUUAAAUAACUUCAUGAUGA